AUGAUUGGUUGUUGGAAUAUUAGAGGGGCAGGUAGUAAGAGAUCUUUGCUUGCUAUGCAGGAUCUUAAGUAUAGACAUAAGUUGGAUAUGUUGGUUAUUUUGGAGCCUAGAAUUAGCUCCAGUAAAGCUCGAAAAGUCAUUUCUCAACUUGGCUUCCCUAAAGCUGAAAUUUCUGAUGCUGUAGGUUUCUCUGGUGGUAUUUGGUUGCUGUGGGAUGAUUCUAAACUCAACUUGAGAGUCAUUCAUUGUAUGGAUCAAGCUGUUUCUGUUUGUGUUGAGACUGCUGGAGGUACUUCUUGGAUUUUUACUGCUGUGUAUGGGCACCCUUGCCCGUCUAAGAGGUCUUAUCUUUGGCAAAACUUAUCUAUUAUUGCUGCUUCUUGGAAUCUUCCUUGGGUUGUCUGUGGGGAUUUUAAUGAUAUCUUGUUUGAGGAUGAAAAACUUGGAAAAUUAUCUGGUAAAAGUAGAGGGUUCAAGGACUGGUUUGAUCAGCAUGGGCUUAUCGACUUGGGUUUUUUGGGACCCAAGUUUACUUGGGUUAAUAAGAGAUUUGGUGGUGAUUUUGUGAUGAAGAGAUUGGAUAGGGCUAUUUGUAACAAGGAGUGGAGGGUGUUUUUUCCUGAAGCUUUCGUGAGGCAUCUGCCUAGAAGAUGCUCUGAUCAUAGUCCUAUUUUGCUUAGCCUUAAUUCUGAUAAGAUUCCUUCUUCUGAGCUUAAACCUUUUAGAUUUGAGGCUAUGUGGCUUAAACAUUGCUUAUUUCCUGAGUUCAUCAAAGCGGAGUGGAAGAAUUUGGAAGGUUCAGUUUCUAGUAAAUUGGAUAAUUUGAUUCCCCUACUCCGGGAGUGGAAUACUCAAGUCUUUGGUCAAAUUUUUCAAAAGAAAAAGAGAAUUCUUGCUAGGCUCCAAGGUAUUCAAAGGUCUCUUUGUAAGGGUUUUUCCCCUUUUUUGAGCAAUCUUGAGAAGCAUCUGCAACAGGAGUUUGAGGAUUUAUUGGAUCAGGAGGAUGUGUUUUGGAAACAAAAAUCUAGAGUUUCGUGGCUGCAGGGUGGGGAUAGAAAUACCAAGUUCUUUCACAUUACGACCCUGGUCAGAAGGAGAAGGAAUAGGAUUGAAAGGCUUAAAGAUAUUAAUGGGGAUUGGAUCUCUAGUAAAGAAGGUUUGAAAACGCUUGCUGUUGAGUAUUUUCAUGGGCUUUUUUUGGAUGAUGUUGUUGAUAUCAUUCGUAGUCCUUUGCCUUCUCUUUUUCCUCAUAUUCCUGAGGCUGAUUUGGCUGCUGUCAGUAAGGAGGUGACUGCAAAGGAGGUGCAGGAUGCUCUCUUUGCUAUUGGUCCCUACAAGGCCCCUGGUCCCGAUGGAUAUUCUGCUAUCUUUUUCCAUAAUUGUUGGUCUCUUUGUAGGAAAGACAUUGAAGAUUUGGUGUUUAAGUGUUUCUCUAGUGGUUCCGUUCCAGAGUAUCUGAACAGUACUCUUGUUACUUUGGUUCCUAAAAUCAUUAAUCCUCAGAGUAUGCUGCAGUUCCGGCCAAUUAGUCUUUGUAACACUUUAUACAAAGUUGUUUCUAAGAUCAUUGUUGGAAGGCUCAGACCUCUUAUGUGUAAGCUUGUUAGCCCUAAUCAGGUUAGCUUUGUUCCUGGACGGCAAAUUUCAGAUAAUAUUUUCAUUGCCCAAGAGGUUUUGCAUAGAUUCUAUAGAGCAAGAGGUAAAACCGGGUAUAUAGCUUGGAAAAUUGACCUCUCUAAGGCUUAUGACAGAUUGAAAUGGUCUUUUAUUGAGCAAACGCUUGAAGAAAUUGGUAUUGGGGAAACUUCUCUUCAACUUAUUAUGAGUUGUGUCAAGAAUGUCUCCUACCGAGUUCUCAUGAAUGGGGAGCUUACUGCGAGUUUCAAACCUCAAAGAGGUGUUAGACAGGGUGACCCUCUUUCCCCUUACCUUUUUGUUUUAUGUAUGGAAAAGCUUAGUCACAUCAUUGCUGCUAGGGUGUUAAAGAAGGAGUGGAAAGCUGUUAGGGCAGCGAGGUCUGGGCCUUUAAUCUCGCAUCUGUUCUUUGCGGAUGACUUGAUUCUUUUUGGUGAGGCUUCUGUUCAGCAAGCUAUGGUUAUGAAAAAUUCUCUUGAGGAGUUUUGUGAGCUCUCUGGGCAGCAAGUGAACUUUGAGAAAUCUUUGUUGUACAUAUCUGCUAAUACUAAGCCUGAUCUUGUUGAUCAAAUUGAGCAAACUUGUGGUGUCACCAGAUCCGUUGAUAUGGGGAAUUAUCUAGGAGUUCCCCUUGUCCAAGGGAGGGUUACCAAGGCUACGUAUAAGGGGGUUCUGGUUAAAGUUCAGGCUAAACUUUCUGCUUGGAAAAGUCAGUUGCUUUCUAUGGCUAGUAGAAUCACUUUAAUCCAGUCUGUGGUUUCUUCUAUUCCACUAUAUACUAUGCAGACGGCUAAGCUUCCUCAAGCUCUUUGUGAUGAUCUUGACAAGUCUUCUAAAAGUUUUCUUUGGGGAAGUAGUGAGAACCAUCAUAAAACUCACUUAGUUAAAUGGGAUACAGUUUGUUUGCCUAAACGUUUAGGAGGUUUGGGUAUUAAAAAAGCUGCUCUUAUGAAUCAAGCUAUGCUAUCUAAAGCUAGUUGGAGAAUUGUGGCUGGGGACUCAGGUCUUUGGGCUGCGAUGCUCAGGAAAAAGUACUUAAAGGGUAGCUGCUGUUUCGAUGCUUAUGCUGAUAAUUGUACUUUGGCUUCCAGCUCUUGGAAAGGGUUAAUCUAUGGAGCUGCCAUCUUGAAUAAUGGGCUGAAGUGGAGAGUGGGAGAUGGCACUAGAGUCAAAUUCUGGACUGAUACAUGGAUUGGUGAUAUUCCGUUGAUUGACACUAAGUUUCCCUUAUCUGAUCAGUUGGACAAAUCUGAAACUGUGUCUAAUUACUUUUCUAGGACUGGUUGGAAUAUCAAUAAACUCCUGCAGGUUCUUCUUCCUGAAGCCGUUAUGCGGAUUGUUAGUAUUCAUGUUGAUAUUGAAGGGAAUUUACCUGAUACUUGUAUUUGGGGUCCUACUUCAAAUGGAGUUUUUUCUGUCAAGACUGCUUAUGAGUUAUCUGCUAGGUUUAAUGAUGUCCCUGGUUCUCCUUGGAAUUUCAUUUGGAAUUUAAAGAUCCCUCCUCGUGUUAAAAUGUUCAUUUGGCUUCUCACUCAAAAAAAGAUCUUAACUAAUGUGCAGAGAGUUAGAAGGAAGCUAUCUAGAGACCCUUCCUGUCCUCUCUGUCACUAUCAUGAGGAGUCUUUGCAGCAUCUAUUUAUUUCCUGUCCUCGUGUUCUUACGCUUUGGAGAUCCUUCUAUCUUCCUGAAGGAUUGCUCAAUUUCUUUUCCUCUGAUUUUGAUAGUUGGUUGAAGGAAAAUUUGUGUUAUAAUGCUGGGCAUUUAUGGAAUUUGAAGUGGUGUAGUGUUUUUGCUGUUGCUUGCUGGUUCAUUUGGAAAUGGAGGUGUUGUUCUAUCUUUGAGCCUCAGUUCCAAAUGCCUUGUCGUCCUAAGCAGAGUAUUGUUGAGUAUCUUCUGGAAUGGGAUAAGGCUAAUAAUCUUUUAAAGAAGACUACCUCUCAAACUCAGAUGUUCCUUGCUUGGCAGCCUCCUCCUUGUGGCUUCUCUAAGCUUAAUAUUGAUGGUUCUAGAGUGAGUGCCUCUGGGUGCAUUGCUGCAGGAGGUAUAAUUAGGAAUUCUGAGGGUAGCUGGAUAGCAGGAUUUUCUGCUAAUCUUGGUCAUGGUGAAGUCUUGGUGGCUGAAGCUUGGGCUCUAUAUUAUGGUCUUAAUCUUGCUUGGCAGAUGGGUUUGCGCCAGAUAACUGUUAAUUCUGAUUCUGCCCUUGUUGUUGAUAUGGUUAAUGGAGAAUGGGUGGACUCUCAUCCUAUGUCUGUGUUGCUUACCAAGUGCAGAGAGCUUUUGAAAAGUCAGUGGAAUUGCAGCAUUCUCCAUGUCUAUAGGGAGACCAAUUUUGCUGCUGAUUUUCUAGCUAAGAUGGGUCAUCAUAAGGAGUUGGGUUACCAUGAGCUCUCUUCUCCCCCUGAUCUGAUGCAGCCUAUUUUAGAUGCUGAUAAGAAUGGUCUCUUGAGGCCUAGAUUUGUUUCUGUGUAA